AUGUUACAGGAAACCAACUGGACAACAAUCAAAGAGUUUAUUAUUGUGGGCUUCCCAACUCUCCACCCUGAUUAUUAUGGCCUGGUCUCGUUCAUAUUUUGCAUUGUGUAUGUCACCACAGUUGUAGGGAACUCUGUUCUAGUGGUAACAUUUGUGUAUGUGCCCAGUCUCCAUAAACCUAUGUACAUUAUCAUGUUGAGUUUGGCUCUGUCUGACAUAGGAUUCAGCACUGUUACAUUGCCCAAAAUAAUUGCACUUUACUGGUUUGGUGAUAAAUUCAUACCAUUUCAUGCGUGCUUCACACAGAUGUUACUGGUCCAUGUCUUUGGGACUGUGAACUCUUAUAUUAUGGGGAUUAUGGCUAUGGAUCGUUACAUAGCCAUAUGUUUUCCUCUCAGAUACCCGGUGGUUAUGACAAAUCGUACCAUGACUAUCCUUAAUUGUGUUGCCUGGGCAAUAUCCUUUAUUACACCUGGCAGCAUGACCAUCUUGAAUUAUAUGUUACCAUAUUGUGGGCCAAACCAUAUCUAUCAGUGUUACUGUGAUCAUAAUUCUGUCGUCACACUUUCGUGUGGUGACCCCAGUUUGGUAAAGCUGGUAGCCUUUGUACAAGCCAUGCUGGUGCUUUUGAUACCCUUAGCUUUCAUCAUCUACUCCUACAUCCACAUAAUAGUCAGUGUAGCAAAAAUAUCCACUUCACAGAGCCGGUGGAAAACCUUCUCCACCUGCAUCACACAAAUGUGCAUAAUCAGUCUUUACUAUCUGCCACGCUGCACUGUCUAUAUAUUCAACAUAGCUGGACUCUAUAUUGACCUUGAUCUCCGCAUUACACUAAUCCUCUUCUAUAGUCUGUUUCCUCCUCUUGCAAACCCGUUCAUUUACUGCCUCAGAACAAAAGAGAUCAAACAAACACUGAAGCUUCUUUCCAAACGCACUUUGGAACAACUUUCGAUAAAAAUCAAGCUGUAG